AACCGAGGAGAGGGGAAGCGAAGUAAACUAAUUGCGCGAUCGAGUCGGUUCGUGGGGACGGCCUCAACCGAACGAUGGCCAGCGAAGGAAUUUGAGACGGGGAAGUCUUCAAGCCUCCUCUUCUUUUAAGGCUCCCCCCUCUUCUCCCUGCUUCCCCCGAUCUGCCCUUGCGAAUCCGAGAGGGGAACCAUAGUUGUUGUGAUCUACCCGGUGCGCGACGAUCCGAUCGCGGGCGAUGCGGAAGGGCCGGGCAGAAGCGGCGCACCCACCGGCGGAAGUCGGCGGGGCGGCGGGGACGCGUUUCCGAGGCGUGCGGAAGCGGCCCUGGGGCCGAUUCGCAGCCGAGAUCCGGGACCCAUGCAAGAAGACCCGGGUCUGGCUCGGCACCUUCGAUUCUGCCGAGGACGCUGCGCGUGCCUACGAUGCCGCCGCCGUAGCCCUUCGCGGCACGAAGGCCAAGACCAAUUUCCCCUCCUUACCGUCCGCCUUCCCCCCGGCCCCUCUCCCCGCCGCCGCCGCCCACUUCCCUUUCUAUCACCAGCAUCAGCACCACCCGCCGCCUCCCCCUCAGCGGCCGACGUCCAGCAGCCACAGCAGCACCGUGGAGUCCUUCAGCGGCCCGCGGCACCCCUCCGCGGCGGCGCCGAUCCACAUGCGGCCGCGGAUCCUUAGGAAGCAGAUCAACCCCCCGCCACCCCCGCGCGUACUCAACGGCGACGAUGACUGCCACAGCGACUGCGGCUCCUCUUCCUCCGUCGUCGAUGACGACGGUGACAUCGUGUCGUUGUGCCGGCAGCCGCUGGCUUUCGACCUCAACCUCCUUCCGCCCUCGGAGGACGACCUCCACGAUACGGCUCUCCGCCUCUGAUGUCCGAUCCCGGGGCUGAGAGAAGGGAAAAGCUAAAAGAAAUGGUUAUUUCCUUCUCUCCUUGCCGUUUCGCCUAUCUACUCUCAUAAAUACUUUCGAUCUUACGGUUUCUAUACAUGAUCUUUCUGUAUGGGGUUGGAUUUGAGGUUUGAAAGCUAUUAUGAGGGGUGAGGAUUAAGCGAUCGGGUGACAUCAGAUCAGAUCUGAGGUUUGUAUUAGAUCUGUUGCCCUAUUUUUGCCCUUUGUUACCUUGUACAAACAAAUGCCUAUCAAAUUCGAUAAAAUGAAAAAAAAAAAAAAAGACCAAAGAAGUCUCUUAAGUUUA